UGCACAAGGGACGCCGAUAGUAGAUACUUAUCGGAUACCUUGGCCCAUUACGCCCAACGCUGCGCCGAUAAAAAACAAUUUCGGCGUCCCGAUUCCUUUGCAGCUCAUAUGCACCGGGCCUAACUGUUUUAAAUUGACGGAAAGAAAUCACAAUAUACUGUAAUUGAUCAUGAUACAGUAUUGUAUCAUGGUAAUUGAUGAGUUAAUAAUAAAAUAAACAUGCGUACCAUGUAUUUUUUAAUGUCUGGUCUGGUAUAACCUCCUUACCUGCUCCGUACUUGGCGAAAGGAUGCGGUGAGUGGUUUAAAUUUAACCCGGAAAAUGCACUGAAAUAUGUGAAUGACGAGGUGCACCACUUUCUAUUGAUUUGAGAUGAUGGUGUAUGAUCGGUGAUAAUUAUGAAUGGGAAGUUGAUGUAUGCUUUUCGUGGCUGGAUUGCCUUUGUGGCCUUUGUCGAUCUCGGCACUGCGAUCCGAAGCUAUAUCGAAAAGCGCUCGUUUCUCAACAAUGUAACCCCCGAUAUGGAGUACGAUGACGGUAAUGCUGAUCUCAUUCAUGCAAGUGUAGGCAUUGGCAAUUUUACAGAAAAAUACACCGUGUCGAGAGUAGUUGGAAUUUACUCAGUAUUAAAGGCCUUAGCAUUGAUUCACUGCACGUUAUUUAUACAUUACAAACCGAUUGUCAGUAUGGGAAUUUGCUCGAUUAUUUUAACAAUCGUUCUGUAUAUUACUGAAACGUUGUAUUUUCGUUCGGCUACAUUAAACUUUCUGGUCAUUUUCCCAUGUGUGCUAAACAGUAUUACACUAAUUGGCUUAAUUUACUUGCCGAAACAUUUAAAAUUAUGGGAUCCGCCACCUGAAAUCGAGGAGGACGAAGCUUUCCUGUUGAAACACGGAAACGCAUUGAGGCGGAAACGUAAUAUGAGAAAAAUAAAUUGAAAUGAUUUAGAGUUCCCAUUGAGACACGCAAUAAUGCCUUGUAGACAUGUCUAGUCUUACGUAACUAAAUACCUAAUGUUUUUCUUACACUUUGCAUUUAAAAGUGUAUAUUUAUUCGUAUAUAUACAUACCUAAAUCUAUAGUUUACAAUCUACAAUUGCCAUAUGUUAAUAAAAAAAUCAAUAAAAUGGUUAACUAA